AUGACUAUCCAAGCUGCAAAGUUCACCCCUGAGGUGCUAUUGUCUGCUCCACGGCGGUCUGCGGGUGUACCCAAUAGCACCGGUGAGCUUGCUCUGUUUACGGUCUCCACCUAUUCGUUUGAGGAACACAAGAAGACAUCUCAAAUCCGUGUUCUUGACAUCAAAUCUGGCAAUUCCACCCUCUUGUUUGAGGACCUAAACUACAGUGAGCCAACAUGGGUUGGCGAGACCGAGUUCAUAUUCUUAAAGAGUGGUGACAAUGGCCGUACUUCGCUCAUGCUUGCAGAUGCUUCAACCCCCGGUUCAGAACCAAAGGAAAUCCGCUCUUUCAAGGGCGGCAUUUCCAACUUGAAGGUGAAGGAACUCGAAGACGGAACGAUUGCACUUGCUUGUUCGGCAUUAGCCACCCCUUCAGGCCAUAUGUACCACUCCGAGGAUGAAAAGAAGUCACAUUCGACUGGCAAAGUAUACACAAGCCUCUUCGUCCGGCACUGGGAUACGUGGGUCACCAAGAAUAGAAAUGCAAUCUGGUACGGCGCUCUCAAGAAGUCGGAUGAAAGCUUCACCCUACAACUUCCGGACCUGGUGAACGUUCUAGCUGGGACACCUCUACAAUCACCUGUCCCACCCUUCGGAGGCACCGGGGACUUCGAUAUUAGCAGCUCCGGAAUCGCCUUUAUUGCUGCAGACCCAAAAGUUAAUCCAGCAAUAUAUACAAAAACCAACUUGUACUAUGUGCCACUUUCCACCUUCACUGAGGAUAAACCCCCAACUCCUCAACUAGUCAAGACCGGUUCUCUUCAGGGGUACAGUGCCUCGCCAACCUUUUCGCAUGACGGCAAGAAGAUUGCCUUUACACGUAUGAAGAGCAACCAGUACGAGACGGACAAGCCCCACCUGCUUCUUAUCCCCGAUGUAAAAGAUCUCGCCAGUGUACAAGAGUUCUAUGAAACUGAUGACGGCGAAGGUAGUUGGGAUCUCAAACCUGAUACAAUCUUAUGGAGCAAAGAUGACAAGGAGCUAUAUGUCACGGCCGAAGAUGCGGCACGGAACAAGCUGUUCAAGUUGCCUGCUGAUCCGCUGCACGCGAAGGCACCCCCAGAGCUCAUUCCAACUGGUGACGGUUCCAUUGGUGACAUAAAGCCCCUGGGAACUGAUGGAAGCAAGGUAUUCCUGAGUAAGAGCUCCUUGGUCGACAACUCCAUCUACACGGUUGUGGACGUGUCCGAAAAUUCCGCUAGCAUUGUCUCUUCAAACACCAAAAACGGCAAGACCUUGGGGUUAUCACGCAGCCAGGUUGACGAGAUCUGGUUCAAGGGCGCCGGGGGCUAUGAUGUCCACGCCUUAGUGGUUAAACCUUCAGAUUUCGACGAGAACAAGAAAUACCCGUUGGCAUUCCUCAUCCACGGCGGACCUCAAGGCGCUUGGGGCGAUAGCUGGAGCACACGGUGGAACGCUGCUGCAUUCGCAGAGCAGGGCUAUGUUGCCGUGCUGCCGAAUCCGACAGGCAGUAGCGGCUACGGGAUGGCUCUGCAGAACGGAAUCAAAGACGACUGGGGUGGCAAGCCGUACAACGACCUGGUCAACUGCUUUGAGUACAUUGAGGGUAACCUGCCGUAUGUCGAUACAAAUAAUGCUGUCGCACUAGGAGCCAGCUACGGAGGCUUCAUGAUCAACUGGAUCCAGGGGCACCCCCUAGGACGCAAGUUCAAGGCAUUGGUCUGUCACGACGGCGUCUAUUCUACGUUAAAUAUGUAUUGCACCGAGGAGCUUUUCUUUCCUUGUCACGAUUUCGGCGGUUCGUUCUUUGAGAACCGUGAAGGAUAUGCCAAAUGGGAUCCAGCGGCACAUAUCAAUGAGUGGGCUACUCCAGAGCUUAUCAUCCACAGCGAAUUGGAUUACCGUCUACCGAUCACCGAGGGUCUGGCUGCAUUCAACACUCUACAGCAAAAGGGCGUGCCAAGUCGACUAUUGAUGUUUCCUGAUGAGAAUCAUUGGGUUAUCAAACCAGAGAAUUCGCUUGUUUGGCACAAGGAGGUUUUUGGGUGGAUCAAUAAGUACACUGGCCUUGAUACGACAGGUUUGAUCAACGAGACAGAAAAUCUGGAGAUGGACUAG